AUGCGGCUAUGGCUACUGUGCGCAGAUUUCACAUUAGCUGCACUUACAUCGCCAAACCUGAGGGCCACCUCAACAACGCCUUUCCAAAAUGCGAUCUCAGCUGUUACCCGGCGCGAUGAUCUAAAGGACACUUGCCCAAAGAACACAGUGAUGUGCCACCUCCCGCACAACUGGAACUGCUGCACCUCGACCUCGCAAUGCUGCGGUGCAGGCUGCUGCAUCACAGGCUCCCACUGCGUCGACCUGCUCUUCGGCCGGUGCUGCCCCAACGGCAAGCGGCUCUGCGGCUCGGUCUGCGUCGCGGGGGAGUGCUGCGGCAAGGGCGGGUGCGGGGCCAGGGAACGGUGCUGCGGCGGCGGGAUAUGCUGCAAGGAGGGCGAGGUCUGCGACUACGGGAAGACGUGUGUCAGGAGCAGGAACUCGGAGGGGGAGAGCGGCGCAGGCCGUGGUGGGUUCGGCUGGCGGGCUGGUGUUGUAGUAGUAGCAGCAGGAGUCAUGGGCGCGGGCUGGGUUCGUCUGUAG